GGCGACCUAUCAUUCUUUAUUUACACUUGUAAACCGCAGCAAUCGCCAUCACAUGCUCCGUCGUAUUCUGUCAGGACAAGAUAUGUAGGUUUAAUCAGUUACUAUAUAACUAACUAUGAAGCCUAGCUUUGUUCUUAAACGUCCCGUUAAUUUCUGCUCCGACACAAAGUGCAACAAAAAGUUCGGUUUCCUGUCUCAAAAAUUUCACUGCAGAGCUUGUGGAGACGUCUUUUGUAAAGCAUGUAUAAAACAGAAAACAUACUUACGAUACGCAAAUAAAGAUGUGAGAGUCUGUAACGACUGUUAUUACAGAUUGAAGAACAUAGACGAAUAUAGAACACGGCACAUUGUCAGCAAACUAGACUAUUUGGAAAAUCAGAAAUACGAAAAAGAAAGAGGAAGUUCUGCUCCGAGAUGUUGCAGAUGCACCGACCGAUUUGGGAUUAUAAAACGACGAAAGUUCUGUGGUGAAUGUCAAAAAGCCUGUUGUUCAAGAUGCAGAAGCUACGCUUUCUCGCAACCCACUGGAAAACCACUCAGAGUUUGCUACAACUGUCACGAAUGUGGUCUGGUUACGCCGCACAAUAUCAAAUUCGGCUCAAAAGACGAGCAAUCUGAUUGGACGUUAAAUCAGUCACAAGGCGACACCACUAUUGAAGAAUAUUGUAAUCGUACCAGUCGGUAGAUGGCGACAUUGAGCAAGAUGCCGUUUGGUUUGACUUCGAAAGAUGUGUACCAAAUCUGAUAUUUCAAUGCAUACUUUCAGGCAGCGACUAGCUGUCUCUGAUGUAUCCUAAAAUGCUAAAUAAUUUUCCCGUUCCGAAUUUGCGGGCUCUGAAUGUAGAAUUACGUGAUAAAAUCUCUCUCUUCCGUGUGAAUAUAACUCCAACUACUGACAACAAAUUCUAAUUUUAUCACAUGUUUUAUUCGUAUUCCUUUGCAUUUUGAGAUUAUAAGAUUCAGUUUUAAACAUGCAUACAAUGAACUUGGACAUUUAAAUGUUGCGUGUUCGCCAUCACAAUCACAGUAGGUAUAAAUGAGACCACAAGUUGGAAUCCUGGCAGUGUAAUCGCCUAGUUAUUGAUUAACUAUUAACAAGGGUCCUGUUUUGUUUGUUGAAUAGUGCUGGUACAUUCUGUUCAUCAUUACAUAGUAUGUCUUUGAAACUAGUAUAUUUAUUGGUUAAACUAGGUAAAGAUUGUGGGUUCGAAUCCCAAAUUAAGACACGAUGUAUCUAU